AUGAGCUUCAAAACAGCCAUCGUCGUUCUCGCCACCCUCGCCGUCCGGGCCCUCACGGCUCCGACCGAGCCGGCCCAGCCCCCAAACCUGGAAGACUGGACCCUCCUGAACUUCCGACGCACCUGCGCCGCGGACCAGAGCCGGUGCAGCUACGCCUUCCUCAUCUCCGAAGAUGUGGCCAAGGUGCCCAAGUACUGCAACUUUGACAUUGACGCCGCCGGCGGGCUCCCCGCGUACCAAACUGACUUCUCGUCUCUCAAGUGCCCCGGCGUGCCCGAGUACACCAUAAACGGCGGCUGGGACGAGCAAGGCUUCAUCACGCUGACGGUCAUCAACGAUCUGAGAAAGCUCCUGUCCUUCUUCGCUUUCAGGGACGACGAGCUGUGGGCUGGCGAGGCGGCGACGCCGCAGCAGUCCAAGGUCUUUGAUUACCCGUUCUCGGCCAAGCGAGAGGUCAUGGCCAGUCAGGAAGAGAUGAGAGAGAUCGUGGAGGAAGUUCGUGCUAGGGAAAACAUCUUAUUCCAUCUUAUUCAGUAG